AUGGCUCUAUUAGAUCAAGAUGUAUGGACUGUGAAUUUCCGGAAAGAUGUCGUACCAAGUGGUAAAGUAAAUAGAAAGGAAUAUGUAUGUGGUAAAUGCAAGGAAGUGGAACAUAAUGCAAGGACAUGCAGGAAUUAUUUAAUGGCUCGAAUUACUACUGUAGAUCAAGCCGACCGGCUAUAUUCACAGUAG